AUGGGAAUGNUUUGAAGAUCAAAACAUAUCAGAUAAAGGUUUAAGACAAUAUGAAAUUUGUGAGAAGAGGAGGCGGCUAACCAGGCAAGAGUCAUUUGCGUCUUUUGCUUCAUUGUCCCAAGGACGAAAUAAAACAUUUUCACGGUCAGAAAAGCACAUUAGGAAUGUCCUGGAUAUUCUAAAUAAUGAAGCAUCUUCAUGCAAAAGCAAACGUAUAUCCAAAAAUCUUGAGAGAGCUGUCUUUCACUUAAAAAAGGCUCAUAGAUUAGUUCACACCUCUUUGCAGCUUAUAGCUAAAGUGGGAGAAAAAAGAAAGGGCACAUUACCAAGAUCACAUGCAAAAAUAUGCAAUAAUUUCUGGGAAAGUCGUGACCUUCAAGGUUACAGUUCUGCGUCUGAAAGAAAAUUUUCCACUAGGCACGUUUUGUCUAAAAGAAAACAUGACAAUCAGGAAGAGAAAAGAGCUUUAAGAUGUGAUUUUCGUAAGUCAUUAACCCCUGUAGCAAAGCACAAAUCUUAUAAAACAAAUGGAGAGAGAAUCACAAUGUGCCUUUCCAAGAAGAGUGUAGCCAGCAGUGUGUCCAGAAGUUACACCACUAUUCACGUGAGAGAAUUCUGUGAUCAAGAACAGUGUCCUGAAUCACAGUUGCCCUUAUCCUCUGCAUCCCAAAGUACAAGUCAGUCAUCUUAUAAUAACAGAAUGGAAAAUCCAAGAUCAUCAGAACUUCAGCCCUUUUCCAGAAAAACUGGUUUUCUGUUUUCCUCAGACCACCCAGAUGAGAAACUAACUGUAAAAGAAAACCAAAUUGAUAUGAAGGUUUCAUCUAACAUUAGUAAAUAUGAAAAGCUUGAGAACCAUUUGGCGUAUAAUAAUGUUAAGGAUGCUACAAAAGAAAACAAUUCCAAGGCUCAUGAACUAAUAAAUCAAAGUAAUCCAGUAUCUUUAAGUUGUGUAAAAGAAAAGAAUGUAAGUUACAGCACAGACAGAAACUGGGAUGCAACUUGUCCGGCUCACCCAUAGGUGAAAACUGGCAUAUCUAUUUCAGUCUUAGAAUCAAAUGUGAAGCACUUUUUAAAUGUUGGUGUCUAUGAACGAGAUAACCUUAUUUCAUCUGGUUAUAAAAGAAAACUGGAAGUAAGUUUUCCUGUAGAAAAGUGGACAGCUCCUACUGAGAUCUCCAAACCAAGCAUUAUUUCAGGAAACAACCUUAUGGGCUCAUUAAACUUAACCUUGAUAGCAAACAAAAAUUACAGUAUUCCUCAAGUGUUAUCAGCCCCUCCAAUGACAGAUAGUGAGAGAGAAGAACAAUGCUCUUCAUGUAAUUGCUUCCAUGUACAUGGGAAUGAAACAAAUGUUAAUGAGAAUUCUGAGUUGGAUCUGACAUCAGUAACUGAAGAGAGUAAAAGAUUUGAGAAAAGCAUAAUGAAGAAACUAUCUCCCAAUGAUAAUUCUCUGUUCUUAAGAGAUAAUAUAAAGGGUUCUUCAGAAAAAUGCAUUGCAAAGAAAGACAUUCAGGACAGAAAAAUGUGGAAAGUUAAACAAGCAGAAAAAACAAAAGAUUCAGUUUAUAAAAAAAGCAUUACUGGAGAAUCAACUACUGAGACUGAGUACAAAAAUCAAAAGAAUAAGAUCUUCGAAGAGGAAUCCUCCCACUUAAAUGAGAAAACAAUUAAAAGUAACUUUACUGAUUAUCAUUUAAGCAUUCAGAAUACUACUACUGAGACAGUCUCUUUGAAUCACACAGUUUCUAAUCAGUUUAACAAAAGAGAAGAGAGGGAAGUUAAAGUCGGUGAUGGCUCUCAGUCUAACUCAACAUUACAUUCAGAAAUAGCCUGUAUUUCCAAACCAGUCAUUCUAGGAAUUACUUGUAUGCCUAUUUUGAAUGCUCACUCCGAAUCUUCUGAAGUCACUCCUCUUCAAAAGAAACCUACAUCACAUAUAAAUGAAUUCAAAGAACAUUGCUCAGCUCAUCGUAUGACUCUUAUAGCUAAGCUAUCUCAAAUUUUGCAGAGGUCUGAUGAAGCUGCUUCUUUGCAGAUUCUACAGGAAGAAACUAAAGUUUUUUGUCAAAAUAUUCUCCCUUUAUUUGUUGAAGCUUUUGAAAGAAAACAAGAAUGUUCACUUGAACAAAUCCUGAUUUCAAGAGAACUGUUGGUAGAACAAAACUUGUGGAAUAAUUGCAAACACAAGUUAAAACCGUGUGCUGUGGACACUUUAGUAGAACUUCAAAUGAUGAUGGAGAAUAUUCAAUUCAUUGAAAACAGAAAAAGCCUCUUAGGAGGUGAACCAACAUUCCGAAGCUUGCUUUGGUAUGAUGAGACAUUGUAUAGAGAGCUGCUUGGCAGACCACGAGGAUGUCAACAGCAGUCUAGUUUCUAUCCUGCUUUUCAAAGAAGUUUAAAAUAUAAUGCAUUCUGUGAGUUGCAGAAUUAUCGUGAUCAAUUAAUUGAAUUGUUUGAAGACACAAAAAGGGAAAAUAAUUCAUACUGUGCAUUCUUAAAAUACAAACGACAGAUUAAUGAAUGUGAAGCCAUAAUGAAACAUUAUUCUGAUUGCUUUGACUUUUCUCUUUCUGUUCCAUUUACAUGUGGUGUUAACUUUGGAGAUAGUGUAGGAGACCUAGAAACCUUAAGAAAAAGUACUUUAAAGCUUAUCAGUGUAUAUAGGGAGUUUCCUAAAACUUAUUCGUAUCCAGGAAAACAAGACCAUCUGUGGGUUAUCAUAGAAAAUAUCUCCUCAAAUGUUAAUUUUAUCAAGAGCAACGAGGCAGUGAGUAUUAAAAUAUCUCUGUAUGGUCUGGAACAUAUCUUUUUUGAUGCUUCAAAAACUCUUGCUUGGAAAGAGAGAAGACAAUCUUUCAGCAAAGAAUACUCAAGGAAAAAGAAGAAUGAAGUGCUACUCAAAAUGAAUCAAUGUGCUUUUUCUCAGUUGCAGAAGAUAUAUGAUUCUCUGGCUAAAGAUCUGAAUGAUGAACCAAUUUCCAGUACUGGGCUUGAGGAAGAUGCUCUGAUUGCUUCCAGAAAGUCAGAUGGUCUAAUAAACAAAGCAACGAUUAGCAUAGAAAACUGUACGUUUAGCGGUACUUUGCUUUCAUACCCAGAUAUUUGUUUUAUUAGCGAAAUAUUAGAUCAAGCUGAACUUGCAGACAUUAAGAAACUACAAGAGCUCACUUUGAGAUGUACAGAUCACUUAGAAAUUUUAAAAAAACACUUUCAGGUGCUGCAAGAAGAUAACAUAGAUAAUGGUUUUAUAACAGAAGAAAAUGCUUUGGAUAUGGUGAAAAACCACAAGCAAGGGGCUAUAAUGUUAAAAUCUGCAGCCAUUGAAACGUACAUUGAAAUUGUCAUGGUUUCAGAAACAGUUCACUUUCUUAAAAAUGUAAUGGCAAAGAAACUAGACAAACAGAGGUUUCGAGGCAUGCUUUGGUUUGAUUUGUCACUUCUUCCUGAGCUAAUUCACUGCCAAGAAAAAAUGGCUGCUUUUUCAUUUCUUAAAGAUAACUCAACAGAUUGCACUUGGAAAGAGAUAGAGACUGCUAUUGCUGAACUUAAGGAAGAUCUCGCUGUUAUCUACAAGUAUAGUGAAGCUGUUAAUUGCUCAUAUGCUCUUCACUUGUUCUCAAGAGAACUUGAAGAACUUUCAGAAAUAAAAAAACUUCUAAAGAAGUCUCAGUAUUCCUUUUCCACAUAUAUUGACUUUGUGCCAUUUAUAGCAUCCAUAAAUUACGGAAGCACUGAGACAGAGUUAGAAUACAACUAUUGUCAGUUUUCUACGCUGCUCGAAAAUGUAAUGGCUGCCCCUCACAAAGAUUUAGGAAAAGUGGCCCAUAUUCUGAAAGUCAUGAAAACAAUCGAACUUAUGAAGAUAAUAUGUGCUAAAAAUUCUACGUUAACCAUUUCCUUUAUCUCAUGUCAAAUGCAAUGCAACAGAAGGAAGACUUUACAACUGAAGAGAAAAGAAAAGAUGAAUAUUCAUGUUAUAAAACAUGUAGAAAAUAUCAAUAAAUUCAUUACUUCUGUCAAGGCGCCCUCAGUUUCAGAGUGCAUAAUGAAAAAUGAUUCAAAUUCCUCUAACAAACGACCUAUCACUGUAGACAAAUGUGAAAACUAUCAGGAACAAGAGAAAAAUACUACUUCCACAUGUAAAAAGCCAAAGGAAUGA